AUGGUCACUUGGAAGAAUUGGGCUACUUUAGCUUUAUCUUUACUACCUCUAACAGAAGGUGUGGCUAUUCCAUUAAAGGAUAAAAAGAAUUUACAAAUCUAUCAAAAGAGAUAUUAUGACUAUGAUAACGACGAAGUUAUUCGUGGUGUCAACAUCGGUGGUUGGUUAGUAUUAGAACCAUAUAUUACCCCCUCAAUAUUUGAAAGAUUUAGAACCAAUUAUAAUAACGAUGAUGGUAUCCCGGUCGAUGAAUACCAUCUUUGCCAACAAAUGGGUUAUGAUUCUGCUAAAGAACUUUUAGUUAAUCAUUGGAACACUUGGUACACAGAAGAUGAUUUUGCUUCCAUCGCUAAUAUGGGCUUCAAUUUAGUCAGAAUCCCAAUAGGUUACUGGGCCUUCAACACUUUAGAUACCGAUCCUUAUGUCACCGGUUUGCAAGAAUCCUAUCUAGAUAACGCCGUUGAAUGGGCCAGGAAAUACGGUUUAAAGGUCUGGGUCGAUUUGCACGGUGCUGCUGGUUCGCAGAACGGAUUCGACAAUUCUGGGUUAAGAGAUCAGGUAAAUUUCCCACAUGAUGACACAAACCUAGAGAUCACUUUGAAGACAAUCAAGUACAUUUUACAAAAAUAUUCUCAAGCUGAAUACAUCGACACAGUUAUCGGUAUUGAACUAUUAAAUGAACCAUUGGGUCCAUCCAUUGACUUAAACAAAUUGAAAUACGAGUACUUACAACCUGCUUAUGAUUAUUUAAGGAACGAACUUGGCAAUACAGACCAAAUUAUUGUUAUCCAUGAUGCCUUUAUGCCAGACAGUGAAUGGAACAGUUUCCUAACUUUGGAUGAUAACACAUACGGUGUUGUCAUGGACCAUCAUCACUAUCAAGUCUUCUCAAGUGGUGAAUUGGACAGAAAUAUCGACGAACAUGUUCAAGUUGCAUGUGGUUUAGCCGGUCCAAAACUAGUCGAGGCACAUUGGAACGUCGCCGGUGAAUUCUCUGCUGCGUUGACUGAUUGUGCUAAAUGGUUGAAUGGGGUAGGCAUUGGUGCUCGUUACGAUGGUACUUUUAUCAAGAAUGGUCAAACCAGUUAUUUUAUUGGUUCUUGCCAAGACAAUGAAGAUAUCAAUGCAUGGUCAACAGAAAGAAAGACAAACACAAGACGCUAUGUGGAAGCUCAAUUAGAUGCAUUUGAAAAGAGAGGUGGUUGGAUUUUCUGGUGUUACAAGACUGAAACAAGUAUUGAAUGGGGCAUUGAUAAACUAGCUGCCAAUGGUUUAUUCCCACAACCAAUUGACGAUAGGUUAUAUCCUGGUCAAUGUGAUUCUGCCUAA